AGCGGGGUGGAGCCGCCAUUACGAGCGGGGCGGGGGGGCCGGGCUGGGCCCCGAGCGCGGCGCUGCCCUGAGGGAGGCGAGCGGCCGCCAUGGCGCCCCCCCGGCGGGGCGAGCUGAGCCCCGAGGAGAAGGAACUGCUGCGGGUCAUCGCCACAGGAAACACCGAAGAGGCUGGAAGGCUACUGGGCAGCAAGAAUGUCCGUGUCAAUUGCUUGGAUGAGCAUGGCAUGACCCCUCUAAUGCAUGCAGCCUACAAAGGGAAAGUGGACAUGUGCAGGCUGCUCUUGCGCCACGGAGCUGAUGUUAACUGCAAUGAGCACGAGCAUGGGUACACUGCCUUGAUGUUCGCUGGGCUUUCAGGAAACAAAGAAAUCACCUGGAUGAUGUUAGAGGCUGGAGCAGAGACUGAUGUUGUCAACUCUGUGGGAAGGACAGCAGCUCAGAUGGCUGCUUUUGUGGGUCAGCAUGAUUGUGUGACCAUCAUCAACAACUUUUUUCCACGUGAAAGGCUGGACUACUAUACUAAACCACAAGGCUUAGAUAAAGAACCAAAACUGCCAGUAAAGUUGGCUGGGCCUCUCCAUAAAAUUAUUACUACUACUAACAUGCAUCCUGUUAAGAUUGUGUUGCUAGUAAAAGAGAACCCUCUGUUGGCUGAAGUAGAAGCACUGCAGAAAUGUUACAGGGUUCUGGAUCUAAUUUGUGAGAAAUGUAUGAAGCAGAAAGAUAUGAAUGAAGUACUUGCUAUGAAAAUGCACUACAUCAGUUGCAUCUUCCAGAAAUGUGUUACGUUCCUAAAAGAGCGAGACGAUAAACUAGAUGGAUUCAUCAAAAGUCUCUUGAAGGGGAGAGAUAAAGAUGGUUUCCCUGUAUAUCAAGAGAAGCUAAUUCGAGAAAGUAUCCGGAAGUUUCCUUACUGUGAAGCUACAUUGCUCCAGCAGCUUGUGAGAAGUAUUGCUCCUGUCGAACUAGGUUCUGAUCCUACAGCAUUUUCUGUACUUACACAAGCUAUUACUGGCCAAGUGGGUUUUGUGGAUGCUGAAUUCUGUACAACUUGUGGGGAAAAGGGAGCAGACAAAAGAUGUUCAGUAUGUAAAAUGGUGCUGUACUGUGACCAGAACUGCCAGAAAAUACACUGGUUUACCCACAGAAAAGUCUGCAAGACCCUGAAGGAAAUUCACGAGAAACAAGAACUAGAAGCUGCCAAAGAAAAAAGGAAACAAGAAAAAAAGCAAAAGAAAGAUGAAGUGCAACUAGGAGAGUCUAGUACCACAGAUGAAGAACAGUCAGCUCCUGGUCCAGAUGCUACCAAAGAAGUGGAUCCAAAUCAUGCUACUGACCAAACAGAAGAAGCCGAACUUGCCAAAGAGUCCGAGGCACUAGCCCUGAAUCCUGACAGUCCGCUGGAAAGUGAGACUAGCUUAGCUGUUGUUGAUGUUCAAAAAAUGCAAGAUUCUGAGGAAUAAGAGGACAGUAGGAAGGGAAGGAAGGGACUAAGCAUUCUGGCGAAGUCCCUGUACCCCAAGGGUCAGAUUUUUUUUUUUGCUGACCAUGUCUGAGUUCUUACAGCAUGGCCUAUGCAAGACUCCCCAUGAACGCAUAUCUCUGUUCACGCUGAGAUGGAAUACUGGCUAGUUUGUCUUUAGGAUCUGUUGUAGAAUGAAAAUAAUAAUAACAAAAAAUUACAAUUAAAAACUAGUGGCAUAGAUCCAUCUGUAUGUGUACCAACAGUAACCAUAGUAAAAUCUAUGAGUAUCUGUGGUCAAUCAGCCACUUAGUUUAAAUAAAAAAACGUGUUUUGGAUUAUUCUUGUUUUCAGAACAUGAAAUCUACUUUAUUUGUAAUUCAAAUAUUUUUUUUCUGCAAGAACACAGAACUGCAGUUAAAACAUUGGGAAGCCAACUUUAAAUUGCUUUUUUACACCGCUUCAGGAAGCUUUAUUUGAAAGAAUUCAGUAUCAGUUAAGUUUCUAAAGAUACUCAUCUGAAUUCUCAACUUUUCAUGACAUUAUUGUAAAUAUUUUUGGCUAGUGAGUGCACAACAAUAGUGUCUAUUUUGUGGCAACUUUAUUAAAUGAUAACUGCUGUUUCAGAUAUCUCAAACUUACUGUGAAAUGUGUGUUUCAAGAGAAUUGACUUCAUUAUUUAUUUGCUCAAAUAUAGUCCAAGUUUAUCAAAGCCUAAUGAAGGGAAGACCAGAAGGAUUUUAAAUAUUUUGACUCUCACAAAUAAUAGUUUCUAAAUCCUAGCUUUCAGGUGAAGAUGCCUUAGAGCACACCGGGAUGUUCAUGAAUUAUUUUAUAAACAUAAAAGAUGUUUAAUAUUGCACAUGCUAAACCUGGUCAGAAUGAAUUAAAUGGGAAAGUUCAUGUAUUCAUUGAUACAAUUGUGAUUUCACUUAGGCUUUCAACUAAAUGGCAUAUCUUGAAAAUCGCAUCCCUUAACUUUGCUGUUUUCACUCAGAUUAGCUGCUGUUUCCUAUGAAAUUAAAGGGAAUGCCACAACCUAAAACACUACUUGCUGCAUAAGAAGGAUGGUAGAGUUUGAUAUCCUACAAUUGUUGGAUGAAUAACUGAUGUUUUGAACAUGGCAAUAUCCUUCAACGUAGAAGAAUAAGGACCACCCUCCGUACAGAGGAAAAAUGCUAUUAAUUUUUUACUAUUUAAUAUAUUGAAAGUUUUUGUUUAUUAUUCUUCAACUUGUAAGAGUGAGGAUACAUAAAUGCAGGGAAUGUAUCUUUUGUAUGAUCCAAGAGUGUUUUAAUUUCACUGAUUAAAUGAAUAAAAUGUGAAGAAUAAAGGGAAGGUUUUCAAAA